CCCUGCUUUGAAUGAAUGUAAAUGAUCUUUCAUUCUUUGCUGUUUUGCUUCUACCCAUCAUAAAGGCCCCGGAGUCUUAACAAUAGCUUCUAAUUCCCAGUCUAUGAGGAAACCGAAGUAUUUCCAACAGCUCAGCCAUUCUCUGAUAUUCUAGGCCCAAAUGUGAUAGAAGUGGGAUUCUAACCCAUGUUUGGUGGUGGGGGAGGUGGGCACUGAUGGUCCUCAGUGUCCUCCAGCUCCAGUUUCUGCUGUAGAAGGCUGACACCAGGGAUUGGGAAUAUUUGUAUGAAAAAAAAAUGUUCUACUGCCUGCCCUAAACUGAUGCAAAAUCCCGUCUUUGUCCUCAUUUUCUUCACAGCUAGCAACAGUCCCUCUUCACCUGGUGCUUGGCUUCCUCCUUCAAGGAUCCACUAUUGGGCAAGACUGACUACAACCCAUGACAUGCAGCCAACACUCUCUGUCUCCCACUCCCUGCUUCCUGCAGGCUGGGUUCAUCUGGUGCAGUGCUGCACAUGCAAUCACACACGUUUAUUGUCUACUUCUAUUAGUAGUGCUUCUCUGGGAGUGCAGACAUGACUCGGUAGGUAAAGUUCUUGUUUCACAAGCAUGAAGACCUGAAUUUGGAGCCCCAGAACCCACAUAAAAGCUGAACACACUGAGAGGGAGGCAAAGACAGGAGAAUCCCAGGAACUUGCUGGCCAGACAGUCAACCCUGAACAGCAACUCUGGGUUCAAUGAGAGACCCUGUCUCAAAAAAUAAGAUGGAGAGUGAUGUAGAGGAAGACGCCCAACUUGUAACUUCCAGACUUAUGCGUGGAUAAAUACCUGUGUGCAUGUGUGCACAUGCACGUGUGUGAAUAUGUGCACAUACAUGUGUGUGAACACACACACACACACACACAUACACUGAACAUAUAAUGUUUUCCCACCACUUGUGGUCUUAUUCCCAGAUCUAUAUCAUGCACAGCAGGUACCUUACACAAUUUGAAGUAGAAGGAGGGGCUGGGGAUUUAGCUCAGUGGUAGAGCGCUUACCUAGGAAGCGCAAGGCCCUGGGUUCGGUCCCCAGCUCCGAAAAAAAGAACCAAAAAAAAAAAAAAAAAAAAAGUAGAAGGAAAUCAGAAUGGAACUUCCCCACCAAGACACAAAAGCCCCUGGGAGGGCAAGAUACAGUGAAUAUAAAUCCAGGACUCUGUUCACAGGGGCAGUGCUGUGACUGUACUUUGUGUCUGCUUGUCCACUGAGGCAAAGACUGGAGGUUAGGAGAAAAGAGGUCACAGUCAUCAGCUCAUCUGCUGGCCCAGAGAUCAUGGAAACCCUGCCUGAUCCUCACCAGGCUGCCACCAUAGCUUCCUGCUAAUGAAUCUAGUCAGACCUACCAGAAUCUACCAGUGCAGAGGUAAUAGGACUCCUGUGGGCCGCAGGCAUCGGGGAGGGUGUGAGUACAGGCAAAUGAGCUGUAUCACGCACAGAUAUAAAGGACUGCAGCCAUCAGGGCUUACUUAUCACCAGUGCUCACCGGGAUGGAGGGCGGCCCGGAGCAGUUCCAUCAGGGCAAGGCACUAGAAGAGGCAGGAAAUGGGCAGGCCUUGGCAGAAAUCCAGGAGCUGGCUCUGAAGUGGUUCAUGGAAACACAGGCCCCCUCUAUCCUACAGAAUGGAGCUCUGCCCCCCUGGUUCCAUGGAUUCAUCACUCGCAAGCAGACAGAGCAGCUACUCAGGGACAAAGCUCUUGGUUCCUUCCUCAUUCGCCUCAGUGACCGGGCUGCCGGCUACAUCUUAUCUUACAGGGGUAGUGAUCGCUGCCGCCAUUUUGUCAUCAACCAGCUGCGAAAUCGACGUUACCUUGUCUCAGGAGACACCCUCAGCCACAGCACCCUGGAUGAGCUCCUACGCCAUUACCAGGAGGUGCAGCUUGAGCCUUUUGGAGAGACCCUUGCUGCUGCUUGCCCACGGCUCGAGGAAAAUGAUCUAUACGACGCCAUCAACACGGGCCUCCAGCAGACUAAUCUAGGCCUGGAAAUUCCAGCUAUGGAACUUCCCAGCAUGCUCCCUGACAAGGUUACCAGCCCCUGCCUUCCUGCAAAGCCCCAGGUCUCCUUCCUGCACACCAAGAAAGCCCUAGAUGCGAGUUCCAGAACUGGCUCGAAUGAGGAGAGUACAGAGGUACCCACUAGAGUGCCCCCCAUUCCCCAGAAGAGUCCCUCUCUUCUGGAUGACUCUUCUGCAGGCCCCAGUGGUAUCGUCUACUCAGAACUGAAGAAGAUGAACCGGGCACAGCUAGGCCCAGGUACAGAGGUCUGGGGCAGGCACAGGCCAGCUCCUGCUGGCAACUUGGCUUCAUCCCCAGGCAGGGAGCCCUCAAGGAAACUCUCAGAUGAAGAUCAAAACAAGCCCAAUAGCCCAGAACCUGCCCCCUCUGGGGAGAAGCCAGACCAAGGCUCCACAAUGCCUUAUACUUCCUUAGGAUUUCCCCUGCCUCCCAAUUCUGAGGCCCAAGGAUCUCGGGCUACUACUUGGAGGCAAGGCUUUCUAAAGCUGAGCCACGAGGCACAGUCCUCCUCUGAAGCCAGCUCUGCAGACACCUACCAGCUUGCUGAGACAUCAGGCCUACGACAAGAGGGUAGGGACAAACCAGACCAAAGAGGCAGUACUUACGAGCAGAUUCCGUCCUGCUGGCAUAGCGCCGCCAAGCUCCCAUGCCCUGGAGUUAGUCCGACAUACAGCCAACUAUCGGGGCCAAUGGACUAUGGCUAUGAGAAGAUUCCGGGGACCCCGCAGCUUCCAGAGCCAGGGAACACCUAUGAGCAAAUCCCAGCUGCCAAGAACAAGGACACUGGACGAGUGCACAAGCCUGACAAGUUCCGGAGGCUCUUCUUCACAGACAAGAAGCAUAAAUCCUGAGGAAAGGCCUGGCAUUCAGAGGGUUUAGUGGUAGCCACACUGCACCAGGGAUUACUGGAUACCCUCAGCUCAUCGGCUACGGAACUAGGCUCCAAGAUGCAGCCCGGGUACCUAUCCAGGAAGGCCUGGGAGAGACCUUGCAGCAGCCUGCAACUCCUGGAUGUCUCUUCAAUGCUGUCCAUCCACAUAAUGAAGGGAUAAGGCCAGUAAGGGUGGGGACUAACUAAAGGAAGGGUUGGAUGAACAUGGGAAGGCCUGGACUGAUCGAUCAAGCUGGCUUCAUGCUCCAGACGCUUAACAAGUAUGUAGCAGGCCCCUGUCCAAGACAGACACUUUCCUGACGGGCUAAAUGACAUCAUGCUAUUACUUCUGAGAACGAAAGCAGUUCCCUUCCUCACAGCCUUGCCAGAGGAGAUGGCCGGGAGCCACAUCCUCUGCACCCAUCCCAGAAGGAUUCGAUCCAGAAGCUUGGGAUGCAGCAGCCCAGGUCCAACCUCAGAAGCCAUGGUUCUAACCCAAUAUCAGGCUGGGCUCCUGGGAACCGACCCCAGCCCUUCCUUCCCCACUCCACCAUCUUUAUCCUAGAUUCACUGUGCAAACUCCUAGCUUUUGCUACAGAAACCUGUUCAAAGACAUAGCUAGUGAGGGUCUGAACAGAGACCCCCUCAAUAAGGCAAGCUUAACCUUGGAUGUACUGCUAGGUAGCAUCUGGUAGCCAGUUAGGGGACAUCUGAUGCUAUGCUGAUGUGAGCAGGUCACCCCUUCCUGCCCUCUGUCUCCGGCCGGUCCUGACCUUUGGAGCAACUCAGAUUCCUCCCAUGCAACCUACCAUGAACCUGGUGGCUUCACCUCCAGGGACUUCUGGGAGUAGGGCUCUGCUCAGUCACCAGGUCGGGACUAGAAAAUUCUUGCUCAAGCUGUUCCCUUGGCCAAGCUGGCUCUUCCGGGAAUUGUCCUGUUUUAUACUGCUCCCCUUCACCCAUGUGUCCCCAAACCCAUAGCGUCAGCAACUGCUCUGUUGCCUUCUCUUUUUUUUUUGGUUCUUUUUUUCGGAGCUGGGGACCGAACCCAGGGCCUUGCGCUUGCUAGGCAAGCGCUCUACCACUGAGCUAAAUCCCCAGCCCCUGUUGCCUUCUCUUUACCUUGUCUUUACAAGCUGGAGGCAGGAACCAAAACCACAGUCCCCUCCCCACCUGCCUCCACCCAGGCCCUGGGCAGAACUGGCUCAGUGCGCACCGGGGAAAGCCACUCCUUGGUAGAUUAUUUGGUCAGUGUGCUUGUCCCUCUGAACUCUAGAAGUCCCUAUCUCCUAGGGGUGCUGGUGAAAGGUUUAAGAAUAGCAGGAAAACCCCAAGCCUAACAAUGGUGAGCUCCCUGCUGGUAGACAAAUCCAUUACUAGGGAAAUGGAAACAACCCUCACCCAACAUCCAGAAGCCAAUAUUAGCAACUGACACUGAUGCCGACCCUUCCUCUGAGGCGUCAGGGACUGCCUAAAAGAGUGUCACCGAACGUUCCUGACGCUGACAGACACGGAGAGUGCAGGACACAAAAGUGCUUUAUUUCUAGGAAUUCACAAAUCUGAGGUCAGCACACAUCAGUGAUACCACGUCAUCGGGGAUGGGGUGGGGUGGGGUGGAGUAGUGUUCGUGACAUGGGGGCAGAGCCCUUUGGACCUAACUUCGUAUACAACUUCACAUUGGGAAAGCAUGGGGUUGGAGGUGGGUACAGCCCAGCCUUGGCUUUGGUAAAAGAUUGCAUAGAACCCCAGGCUCUGUUUCCUUUGUUUCUUUGUUUGUUUGGUUUUUGCACUUACCCCUGGGUGACUGGAGUGCCUGCCCAGCA